UGAGAUUUGAAACUAAACAACACAGACUCUCUUCAUCAUCAUCAUCAUCAUCAUCAUCAUCUUCUUCUUCUUCUUCUUCUUCCUAAGUGAUUCUGGGCGUAAUCAAAUCCCAAGAUGCAAAUUGGGGUUUCAAGUUGUGCUGCUGUUAUACUGUUGGCAUUUUUGUUGAGCCUGCAAGGAGCUUUUGGGAUCAGAUUUGUGAUCGACAGAGACGAAUGCUUCUCGCAUAAUGUUUUGUAUGAAGGAGAUACUGUCCAUCUCUCUUUUGUUGUAAUUAAGGUUGAUGCUUCUUGGCAUUAUACUCAAGAUGGUGUUGAUCUUGUGGUGAAGGGACCUUCUGGUGAGCAGAUACACGAGUUUCGUGAUAAGACAAGCGAGAAAUAUGAGUUUGUUUCUCGUCACAAAGGAAUCCAUCAGUUCUGCUUCACCAACAAGUCACCUUAUCAUGAAACCAUAGACUUUGACAUACAUGUCAGCCAUUUUACAUACUAUGAUCAGCAUGCAAAAGAUGAGCAUUUUAACCCUUUGUUAGAGCAGAUAUCAAAGUUAGAGGAAGCUCUUUACAACAUUCAGUUUGAGCAGCAUUGGCUUGAGGCUCAGACCGAACGUCAGGCAAUAGUGAACGAAGCAAUGAGCCGGAGGGCAAUUCACAAGGCCUUUUUUGAAUCGGCUGGACUUGUUGGUGCCAGUGUUCUCCAAGUUUACCUUCUCCACCGUCUCUUUGAACGGAAGCUUGGGAUGUCCAGAGUUUGACCUUUUUACAGUCACUUGGGAUUUCGCUCUGACUAUUCAGUAGUUAAAUUUACACAUUGUUGUUCCAUGCUUCUGCCUUGUUCUCUUUAAUAUACUGUCCAGCAAGAAUAAAUCUUGUAUAGAAACCAUCAGUUUGGAAAUUCUAAUCUAAUCUCAUGAUUGUGGAAUCCUUGAUUUCACACAUA